AUGCCUAAUUACACUUGUUGGUCAAAACAUGGGGAAUCACGGAUUGAUGGUGCCACAACAUCGACUAAUAUAGACAAUGAGGAUAAUGAAAAUCUCUUAUAUGAUGGCAAUUUAAACGUUGAUGAUUUAAAUGAUGACGAUUUAAAUGGUGACGACUUAACUGAUGACAAUUUAAAUGAUAAAAACUUAGAUGACAUGUUUAAGGAUUUAGAGAAUGAUAUCGACGAUGAUGAUUAUAUAAAAUUACAACAUCUAAUUGAAGACGCACAAAAACCAUUAUACAACGAUUGUGAGAUUUCAAAACUUGAAGCUCUGUUGAAGUUAUUUAACUUGAAAGCAAAAAACAGAUGGAGCGAUACAAGUUUCACAGAUCUAUUAGUUGUUUUGCAUGACAUACUUCCGAAAGAUAACGAGCUACCAAUUUCAUUUUACCAAGCCAAAAAAAUGAUGAAUCCAAUAGGAUUGGAAGUGGAAAGAAUACAUGCAUGCCCGAAUGAUUGCAUCUUGUAUAGAAAUGAGUAUGAGAGCAGUCAUAAAUGUGUUGUAUGUGACGAAUCUAGGUACAAGAGAAAAAGUAAAACCGGUGAAUAUCAUAAUGAUGUGACGAAAAAUGGACCACCAGCCAAAGUAAUGUGGUAUUUUCCAAUUAUACCAAGACUAAAACGGUUAUUUUCAAACGAGAAAGAAGCAAAAUUGUUACGUUGGCAUUCUGAUGAGCGUAUAAAAGAUGGGAAAUUAAGACAUGUGGCAGAUUCGAUUCAAUGGAGAAAUUUUGAUAGGAAAUAUCCAGAAUUCGGUAAUGAGGCUAGGAACAUAAGGUUUGGGCUUAGUUCCGAUGGAUUCAAUCCUUUCGGAAACGCUAGUAGUGGUCAUAGUACAUGGUCGGUUCUUCUUUGCAUCUACAAUCUUCCACCGUGGUUAUGCAUGAAACGAAAAUACAUAAUGAUGUCGUUGUUGAUUCAGGGUCCGAAACAACCUGGUAAUAAGAUUGAUACUUAUUUGUCCCCUCUGAUUGAUGACCUAAAAACUUUAUGGAGUUCUGGAGCAGAUGUGUAUGAUGCUUAUAAGAAGGAAUAUUUUAAAUUGAGUGCCAUGAUUUUUUGCACCAUAAAUGAUUUCCCAGUGUACGCUAAUUUAUCAGGAUAUAGUACGAAAGGUAAAAAAGCUUGUCCUGUUUGUGAAGACGAGACAAGUUCGGUGUGGUUAAAUAAUUGCAGAAAAACGGUAUACACGGGACACCGAAGGUUCCUUCCGCGUGGUCACACUUAUCGGUUUAACACAAAGGACUUUAAUGGAAGUACCGAGACUGGAAAAGCACCCAAGAAUUUUGAUGCAUUUUCACGAGUUACAAAUCUAGAAACCGUGUUGGGAAAAAGAACUCGUGUAAAGCAAGGUGUUAAUUGGAAAAGAAGAUCAAUCUUUUGGGACUUACCAUACUGGAGACAUUUACAAGUUAGGCAUUGUCUAGAUGUUAUGCAUAUCGAGAAAAAUGUAUGUGAUAGCUUGAUAGGAUUAUUAUUAGACAUUCCCGGAAAAACUAAAGAUGGUAUCAAUGUUCGUAAAGAUAUGGAAGAAAUGGGAAUACGUAAAGAGCUUGCUCCUGUUGAUAAAGGUAAUCGUAUUUAUCUGCCACCUGUGUGUUAUACAAUGUCAAAGGAAGAGAAAACAAAGUUUUGUACGUGUUUACACAAUAUUAAAGUUCCAUCUUGCUACUCUGCAAACAUUGGAAAGUUGGUGUCGAUGAAAGACCGUAAAUUAAUUGGUAUGAAGUCUCAUGAUUGCCAUGUUUUGAUGACACAUAUGAUUCCUAUUGCUAUCCGUGGAUUGUUACCAGAGAGCACACGACACACGAUCACAAAACUUUGUUUGUUUUUUAACAUGAUUCAGUCAAAAGUUAUUGAUCCUGAGGAAUUGGAUGUAUGGCAGAAAGAAAUUAUCAUCACGUUGUGUGAACUAGAAAAGUACUUUCCACCGUCCUUUUUUGAUGUGAUGGUUCAUCUGGUGAUUCAUAUCAUUGGAGAAAUCAAGGCUUGUGGUCCUGUAUUUUUGCGUUAUAUGUACCCUUUUGAAAGGUAUAUGGGUGUCUUGAAAGGUUUUGUAAGAACUCGUAGUCAUCCUGAGGGUAGUAUUGCUACAGGAUAUGCUGCCGAGGAGGUGAUUGAAUUUUGUACAAGUUAUGUGGAAGGUGCCAAAAGUAUUGGUCAACCAGAUUCUCGUCACUCCGGUAAACUUCAAGGGGUAGGAGGCGUGUGUAUGAAAAUAUUGAACCCAAGUAACGAUGAUUUAAAACUUGCACAUUUCUAUGUCCUAAAACACAUGACUUGUCUUGCUCCGUAUGUCAAUGAACACUUGAAGUUAUUGCAAUCAACCUACCCGAACAAGAGCAAAAUGUGGCAUGAAAUUAAGCAUAACAAAGAAUUUUCUUCUUGGAUGAAAGAAAAGGUAACUAAUGGUCAAUCAGUUGUUGAACCACUUGUAGAAAAAUUGGGGCAAGGUCCGGACUAUAGAGUAAAAUCUUACCAGGGGUAUGUCAUGAACGGAUAUACAUUUUACACAAAAAAACAAGAUGAGAAAAGUACAAUGCAGAAUAACGGAGUUACACUAAUAGCAUCAACAACUAGAUUUGAUCGGACGAAUCCUGAUAUAAGGUUAGAUAUUGCCAGGGAGUCUUAUUAUGGUGUCAUCCAAGAAAUUUGGGAGCUCAACUACAGAACUUUCACUGUCCCUGUUUUUAAAUGCAAGUGGGUGAAUAACAACACAGGUGUUCAAGUUGACAAAUACGGCUUUACACUUGUUGACCUUGCAACUAAUGGCUACCAAUCUGAACCAUUUAUUCUCGCUUCACAUUGCACACAAGUUUUCUUUGUAAAUGACCCAAGUAAACCAAGAUACCACAUCGUUUUACAAGGCAAACGGCGUAUCCUUGGUGUUGAUAAUGUUGUUGACGAGGAAGAAUACAACCAUUUUGAUGACCUACCUCCAUUUUCUGUUGGUAUUGAGCCGUUAACUGAGCCAACUAAGGGUGUCGCAUACUCGCGAACUGACCACACUGAUGGGAUAUAUGUUGACCCACCACGUUAA